AUGGCUACAAGUGGUCCUUUAGUGUUAGUAGUCGGAGGCACCGGACGAACGGGCAAGUCUAUCGUCACAGGACUUCUCAAGCACGGUAAAUUCCGGGUUGCCGUUCUGACAAGACCUGUUUCCGCCAACAAACCGUACAUCAAGGAACUGGCAGCGAAAGGCGUAGAGAUCAGGAUUGGAGACAUAUCGACGGACGGCCAUGCGAAGCUGGUAGAAAUCCUCCAAGGCGUCGAUGUACUCAUCAGCGCAAUAUACGCCGGACUGAUCCACGACCAACGCAAGUUAUUCGCAGCGGCUAAGGAUGUGAAUCCGAACGUGCGCGUGGUGCCGGACGAUUGGGCCACCUACACUCCGCGCGGGAUACGCCAACUGGCCGAUGAUAAAUACGCCAUCCACGACUACAUAGAGGAGCUAGGGCUUCCGCACACGUAUAUCGAUGUCGGCUGGUGGAUGCAGAUCACGGUUCCCGGAAAAGUACCUGGAUUCGAAUUGGACACCGCUUGGACCUUCUACGGAGAUGGCGACAAGAAAUUUGCUGUGACGGACUUGAACCAUAUCGGAGAUUUCGUCGCCCGUAUCAUCGAGGACCCGAGGACGUUGAACCAAUGGGUGUACAUCUGGGAGGACGAGUUGACACAGGCAGAAGCAUGGGCUACAGCCACAAGAGUGCUAGGGUCUGGAUGGCUGCAGGAGACGGUUCAGGUCUCCGCAGACGAAUUGUUGCAGAGAGCUACAGAGUUUCGGGCCAAAUAUCGCGAAAAUCCCGAUCUCACCAGUCUUUAUGGUUUGGCUGUCGCGGAGUACGCGUACAGCAUCCAUAUUAGAGGCGACAACAAUAUUGCGACCGCGAAGGCAGCGGGGGCGUUGGAUGCUCGAGAGUUGUAUCCCGACAUCCGGGUAUCAACAUUCGAAGAGUUUCUCCGUCGUGUCCACGGGAAGCGCGAAGAGAAUUCUUGA